CUCGGCGGUUACCUUGUAUCAAAAUGUUGAACCCUGGAUUUUCCGGGGUAGUAUCCCGUUUAAGUUAUUCCUCCGAGGAGUUAAGUAACCUGGGGUAAUCAUAUGCAAGUGUUCUUCCCUCUUCGGAGAUUUUUGUGUUUGUCGGAUGGCAAUGCCGUAUAUUAACGAAGCAAAGCGGGCUUUAUUGGCCGGGUAUCAAUUGAUUGUAAGGCUAAAUGAAUUGAAUCGCAAUUAACAUUUUUCUUAAGCAAUUAGUUCCAUUCCUUAAGAAAGCAAGCAAUUCAAAUGACAGCUUGUAAUUGUUGUAACUAUUGUUGCAUAAGGUUUGUAUACGAAGCAACAAAAAAUCCCAAGGGGUGAACGAAGUAACCGCACAAACUAAAAAAUCCAAUUGUCUUUACUCUUCUCUCUUCUCAUACACUAAAUUCACGAUGUCAUACAGACUCAUUGAACUCAAUUCAGGAAAGAAAAUACCUUCAAUUGGAUUAGGGUGUUAUAAUAUCCCCAUUUCUCAAACUUCAAACAUUGUUUAUGAAGCGUGUAAAGUAGGAUAUCGUCAUUUUGAUACUGCAGUAUUAUACGGGAACGAAGAACAAGUAAUUGAAGGUAUAUCUCGCUAUUUACGUGAUCAUCCAGAUGCAAAGAGAAGUGAUUUUUUCUACACUACCAAACUUUGGAAUAGUCAAUUAGGACAUCAACCCACUAUAGAUGCUAUCAAUAUUAUGAAAUCUCAAAUUGGUGAUUUGCAAUAUAUUGAUUUGUUAUUGAUUCAUUCCCCAUUGCCCGGUAAAACUAAACGUUUGGAAAGUUAUAAAGUGAUGCAGGAGUAUGUUGAUAAAGGUUUGCUUAAAAAUAUCGGUGUCUCAAAUUAUGGUAAACAUCAUAUUGAAGAGUUGUUGAAUUGGUCUGGAUUAAAGUACCCUCCUGUAGUUAAUCAAAUUGAAAUUAGUCCCUGGGUUAUGAGAACAGAUUUAGCUCAAUGGUGCUUGAAGCAAGGUAUUCAAGUGGAAGCAUUCUCUCCAUUAACUCACGGACAAAGAUUAAGAAGUGAUGUCUUUUCGGAUAUCAGGAAAAAGUAUGAUAAAUCGUUAGCGCAAAUUUUAAUUAAAUGGUCAUUGCAAAAGGGUUAUAUUCCAUUACCAAAAACAAAGACUGUGUCUCGAUUAAGUGAAAAUCUAAAUGUUGACGACUUUGAGUUGACUUCCGAGGAAGUAUCUACUAUUGACCAGCCAGAUUCAUAUGAUCCAACGGACUGGGAAUGCACCGAUGCGCCUUAAGUCAUUGCAAGGCGUCUAUCCAAUUAAAAUUUUUAGUGAUGCAAAUUUAAUUGACAAUUUUAGUAGAUUCUGUAAUUCAUGUGAGCUAAUGUACAUUGUCAAUGUAACUAAAACUUUUAGUCCAGCUUCAAGAAUCAGAAAAUCGCAUCAUUGUUCUUACGGAAUAACUUCUGAUUAUCAAAUCUGAUACUAAAAUUAUAAAAGUAGAAUUUGCUAUCUGCAGGUUCAAUUAUGUCAUUUUGCGUUCACCCAGAAUCUCACAGCCUUCACUAGUUUUUACUAAGGCAUUCUUUUGGAUUUUGCAGCAUGACAUUCGCAUGACUUUUUUUUUGUUGUUGUUUUGGCAUCAUCCAGAUUCGGAACAAACAAAUAUCAGAAAUUUUUCCGUUCCUGAUAUUUUUUUUGUCACAGGCUUUUAUUAUGUCAACAGAGUAUUUUUAGUAGCUAAGUUAACCUCAUUUGAGCUACCAUCUCUGGGAAUCAUCGGAACAGCCGUCUGAAAAGCUUUGCUCGAGCUCAUCGGUUAUUUAUACCAAUCGAUUGUUUGAUCUGCAACAACCCGACUAGUAUUUAUGCACGCUCUUCAAAGAAGACCCUUAACAAGAUGUCAUCGUUACGACUCGCCAGUAAAUGACAAGCCACCGCCUUUAAGAAUAGUCUAAGCAUGAAAAAAAUAUGUAUAUGUAUCUCUACUAUGCAUGUAUUCAAUAAUUCCAGAUCUAAAUAGAAAUCGGAUGUUCAUUGAAAAAAAUACUCGAUUCGAAUGCAUUUUGCAGAUCCUUCCCCCAGGAAA